AUGUUUUGUAGAAUAAUUAAAGGGACGCCAGGCCAUCCCUUAAAAUGUAAAUUACUUUUUAAGAAGUAUUUACACAUUUCAGUUGGGCUGUGUAACCAAAAGAUUCUAGAUAAGCAAGCCCUGCUAUUGAACGAAAAUGUGCUCAAAAUAAAGAACAAAAAUGCAAGGAAAAUGCUGGAAGUGUUAUCUCUGAGAAAUCCAUACUUAGGAAACAAUAAAGUUAACUUCUUGUCGCAGUUCAUAAAAUCAGAGAAGAAGGUUUAUCCAAAUAAUGUAAUUUUAUUAAGAAAUGGCCAGAAGUAUGAGUCAUUUGAUACAGAUUCAGUACUUUUAGUGGAACAUUGUGGUUUAGAAUUUCUAGGAGGGACUGCACAGGUUGAGUUUCCUGUUACAGAGCUAGAAGAAGUCGUGAAUAAAUUACUAAAUGCUGGAAUUGAUGUAAAUGUGUAUGAAGAAUUGGUAAAUGGGAGCAUAUUUACAAGUGAAAAUAAAUCCUUCUACCUCUCUAACAUUUACUAUUCAAACAAAUUAAACCAUGAUAGGGAUGAAACUCAAACAUGUAUUUCCGGUGAUAUAAAACCAACUAUAGAAUCAAAUGAUAAAUUGGAAGGAUUUGAAAUAACCACAGAUUCUGUGUCUAAAAGUGAUAAUAAAGUGGUUGGACUGGGAUUUGAUGAGAAUGGCUAUAGUCUUAGCGUGAUAGAUUUGAAAGGUGAUGUAUCAAUAUACAAUAACUUAAAUGAAAUAUGUGUUGAAGAUUACCUAAAUAAGCUUAAUAACAGAAUAAUUAUUCUACAAGAUGGAUCAGCUAGGAUAAAAUCAGUCUUCAAAAACUUGCCAAACGUUCUACAUUAUCAUAUUAUGCAGGGUGGAUGUAUCGGAGAUUCAUUUCAUAUGUCAGUUUUACAGGAGAUUAUAACGAGGCUUAACAUAAAAAUUAACUUUAAGGUUAAGAGAGUGGAUUCUGGGAAUUUAGAAACUGGGAAAUUUAAUUACCUGGAUAAUAGAGUUAUUAACCAACUCGGCGACUUUCACGAACAAGUUGUAUCACCAAGUUCACCCAGUUACGUAAAAAAGUACUUUAAGAGACUGCUGUAUAGAUACCCAAAGGAGUUGAGUGGAACAAUACAGGAGAUAAAUAAGAUACUCUCAGGUCUAACAGUGUCAAUGGUCCAAGUUAAAAACGUCUACAACCUGGAUGAAUUGAGCCUAGAAAAUCUUAUUUCACUAAUUGAUGUGUAUGAGUAUUACUCAGAAAAUCUCCCUAACAAACUUAUUCCCCUACUUUUUGAUCUUGUUCUUAACGAUUUGAAUGUGAGUGUCAAGUACGAAAAUUUUAAGAAAAUUUUUGCUAAAAUGAAUAAGGUUGUGAAUUCAUAUGUUUCAGAAAACUGGGACAAGAAACAUCCAAAACCGCAAAAUAAUCUAACCCGUCAACUGAUACAGAAGAUGAAUAAGAGUGAGAUGAUAAGGAGAGAUUUGUUGGUUAAUGAGUUGAACAGAGUUGAACGUUCAUUUGAAAGAUUAUUGAAUGAAAUUUACACCAAGUUUGUUGACUCCGACCCCGGGAAUGCUAGUGAAUACUUCAAGAAUAACAUGACUAGUGAUAUACGCUAUAACGAUAACAUUAUAUACCUAAAGAGAUUAUCCAGUAAAGUUAACCAUGUGAAUUUGAACACCAUACAGGUUGUUGAAGACAAAAAGUUAAUUAGUUGUUAUGUGAGUGAUGAUGUAAAUUUAAGGCUGUUGGAGUACAUUAACGAAUCCCAAGUACUAGAUCAUAGAGUUUCAGAGGUUAUCUCAAAGUUACAAAAGUCACUUAAUCCUUACAAACAAGUGAUACAAAUAGUUUUACACUUUGUAGUAACACUGCAGAGUUUCUACGAACAUGUUACACAUGCAAUUUUAAAUCAAUGGACCCUAGAUAAGCCCACAGAAGUGGAAGAAAGUUCGUCUUUUACUUCAAUUUUAAGUAAUCUUGGCCUAUACUGUCCUUCCAAACACGAUAAUUACCCAAUGAAUACCAACACUAAUACCCAGAACAUUAGAGAGGUAGGUGAAAAAAAGAUUAACAGAGCCUUGAAAAGGUUAGAUCCUAAAGUUGUUGAUAAAGUGAAUAUGCUAAUAAACUAUUUGUACAAUAUAACAAGAUUUAAUGUUGACCGUGACUUGGUGCAUCUAUCCCAUGAUAACUUACCUCCCCCAAGCUUUACAAACUCGCCAGUACUGUACAUCCUAAUUUUUAAUGGAAUGCCUAAUAAGAUAGAUAAUCAAGAUACUAUUGAAGAUGGAGAAACUGGCAACUUGAUAGUUUAUGUUGGUGAAACAGGUGAUAUUCUGAGUAGAUUGCAACGACAUAGAAGUAAAAAAAAUGCUCAGUUGAGUGAAUAUCUCCAGGACCAGUUCAUCAAUUACAAUCAGGAAUUAAACAAUUAUUUACACUUUUUAUAUAAUAGGGAAAGUACAACUGAGGAUGUUGGAAUUAUAAGUAAUGAUGAAAACACUAGAGAAAUUUUGAAGAGUGGGUUAAUGGUAGAAUUUGAUAAAGUGGAGGCGAUAUUGGUAAAGUUGAAGAGCAGAAGAGAGUGUAAAGAGGCUGAGAAGAAAAUAAUACAAUUCACGUACAAAUAUCCGAAUCUGUACAUAACGUUGUCGAAAAGAGAUGGACAACAACACCAUAUACCAUGUGUAGACUAA